GUUUAAAACGGGAAAUAUGCAGUAGUUUAUAAUUUCGUCUACUCUGCGUGGCGGGUUUUCUCCACUAUUCCUUAUUUUAUGGAACAUGAAUGAAUAUCCAUCAGGCAUAAAGCCAUCAGCAUAGCCAAGGUUCUCAGACAUCUGCCAGCGUGCCAAGACAUCGUUGUCAAAACUUUUUUUGGCUUUCCAUUGAGAAUCCUUACCUAUGGCAAAUGAACCAUCUGAAGCCCUGCCGGUCCAAGAUGAGUUUGAUCAGAUCUCACUCUGUGAGAUCGGGGCAAGAUUCGUCAAUGAUAAGAACGCUGCCAUCGCUUGGUGCCGACAGUAUGGCCUCCUGGCCCAAGAAAUGUCAUGCCCCAACUGCGAAGCACCGUGUCUAGAGCAGAAGAGGAGCAAGAAUAUCGACAAGGUUUGGUGGAGAUGCACUGAAAAGACUUGCAGGAAGUCGGUGUCAAUCAGGAGAGGGAGCUUCUUUGAAUCGUCGCAUCUGGAGCUGUGGCAGGUUCUCGGCAUGUCCUAUCUCUGGGCAUCGAAUGUUGGAACAGGCCGGGGUAUGUCUUAUGAGAACCUGAAGAAGGAGCUUGGAGGGAUCGGCAGUCACACCAUAGUAGACUGGAAGCAGUUUAUGAGAGAUGUGGCUGUAUCUUACUUUAAGGGUCAUCCAGAGCAGAUCGGUGGCAAUGGCGUGGUCGUUGAAGUCAACGAGCGUUUGACCUUCUACAGGAAGAACAACCUGGGCCAACUCCAAGAAGAAAUACCUGUCAUAGCUGGCUAUGAUUUGGAUAGCAAGAAAGGUUUCCUAGUUCCUUUAGAGAAACAAGAAACGGAUGCACUUCUGCCCAUCAUUGUAACGUGGGUGGCACCAGGGUCGACUGUUCGGACAAAAAUGUGGGAAGACUACAAGAAGCUGAACAAGGGGAGCCACUCUUUGAAGUUUGUUAAACGAAAGGAGGGUGUACAACCAAAUCACGUAGAGGCCAUGUGGUCGAGAGCCAAGGCUGCAAUAGGACCAAUACGCCGGGAUAGGCUUGGAGACCACUUAGCUGAGUUUAUGUGGGCUCAGCGGUUUAGAAAGUCAGCAUUCUUCCAUCUCUGGACGCAGAUUGCCAGGGACCUUUACCCUGUGUAAAGAGACAGUGUCUGGACUAGGCCAUCUGGAUAUUCAUCUUUGAUAAAAAGCUAAUGAUUUCAGAUAUUCACAGUCAACACACCAACAUGAACCCUUCUUCCAGAGAUUUAUACAAACACCAACUAAAGAUAAACUUUUAAUGUUGAACUACAAAGCUGCCAUUAUGUUUAUGCAUUUUUGACGAGAAAUAAGCUGACAUUUAGGGUAUUAAAAACAAAGAUGUCUUCGCCUGGACAAUAUCCCCCAUUUUCAAGGAAUCUUACAAGACUGCUCAAUCAUAUGAAAUGGGGAUCACAACCAGUACAUUAUUCCAUUGCAACAGAUAGACGAUAUGAUAAAUCAAGAGGAAAGGAAUUUCAUUUUCCACCAUGGUCGGAGGAAGCAAGUAUAUAUGUCCACUGGCCCUACUGCAAGAAGCGCUGCACCUACUGCAACUUCAAUAAGUACGUAACCCCAACCAUCGACCAGGAUAGGAUGAGGUCCUGCUUGACAAGGGAAGCCCGGACCUUGAUCAGACGCAGCGGCAUCAAACGGGUCAACUCAAUCUUCUUUGGCGGAGGGACACCUAGCCUGGCAGAACCCAGGGUCUUGGAGGGUGUAAUUGAUGCGGUCAGGGAGAUGGUUGUCGUGCCAACGGAUGUUGAAAUAACCAUGGAAGCCAACCCGACAUCUGUAGAGAUGAAGAGACUGGAGGAUUUCAAAAGUGCUGGCAUCAACAGACUGUCUCUUGGUAUCCAAGCACUCAACAACAAUGACCUCCGAACCCUGGGUCGUGAACACACCGUCGACCAAUCACUGACCUGCAUCCAAGAGGCCCGGACACUCUUCCCAGACCGUCUCAGCAUCGACAUCAUCUUUGGCCGGCCUUCCCAGACCUUGAACUCUUGGAAAGCAGAACUCGAUCACAUCCUAAAAGUAUGCGACAGUCACAUAUCUCUGUACCAGUUGACUCUUGAACCAGGCACUUUGUUGUAUAAGUUGGACCAACAGGGUGUUUUGCCCAUGCCUGAUGCAGAUGUUAUGGCUGAUAUGUAUGAAAAUGCUGUGGAAAGACUAGCUAUCGCUGGAUUCCGCAGGUAUGAAGUGUCCAAUUUUGCCAGGGAUGUGCAAGCGGAGAGUACGCACAACAAAGCAUACUGGGAAGGGAAGCAUUAUAUCGGGGUAGGCCCUGGUGCUCAUGGGCGAUUCUGUCCAGUUGACGAAGUAACAGAGUCGAUUAGAAUUACAUCUAAAUUGUACUCUCAGUUAGUAACUUGCCAUAGUAAAGGACAUGAUGGUGCUAGAGAAAGAACUCUUCACUCAGAUGGUAACUUUGCCACUCUUUCCACAGCAACCCUGCAAAGUAUUGGCCACCAGAGUAGAGAACAACCAGUAGUAGUAGAGACGGAGCAGAGUGAAUCAGGUUCUAAGCGUUUUCCAUCUUUUCCGCGAAGAGAAGCCAGAAUACAGACCUUGGAACCAGAAGCAUGGAUGCUGGAGGUCGAAAAAUACGGCCAUGCCACCCGGAAACGCAGCACACUGUCCAACAUUGACACCUUGCGAGAGCUUCUUCUGACAGGGCUACGUACCUGUCGGGGCAUAUCCAGCCAGACAUGGCAGCAGUUCAGCCCUGAGGAUCACCCGAGAGAUGUCUUUGGGCCAAGUUUCUUUACCAAGGGUGCCAUUAACUCUGGGUUGGUAGAACUUGACGAUAGGGGAUUGAGGUGCACCCACCGUGGACUGAAUGUAUUGGAUAGCAUUCUGCCAGAGUUGACCGAAAUCCUUGACUCUCACUACGAUAAAGAAAGGUGAUCCUACAUUACAGGAUUGCCCAUGAGGAAACUGCUCCCAUGACAGACUUUGAAAAAUGGUCCUUCGGAAAAUAUGCCUACUGAAACACUAUGUCAAUGGGUUAGAACCUUUUCUUUCCUGCAAGGAAUCUGCAAAGGCCUCUUCAUUCCCAUUUCUAAGAUUACAUCAUUAAAAAGCGGUGGGCAAUGCAGGAAAGCCAUUAUGAAUAGACAAAGUCCACCCCAACAAAAAGCUGAUUUGAAUAAAAAGGGAAUAGUCAAACAAGCAUAACACUGAAAAUUUCAUCAAAAUAAGGUGUAAAAUGAGAAGAAAGUUAGAAAGUUUUGGUUAAUUUCAAAUGCAAAUGAGUGGACUGAUGAAGCAUCCACUUACUAUUUCUUUUGUAUUUUGUUAUAUGAAAUACCAAGUAUUCAAAUUUUCUCCUCAUUGUCAUGUGAAACAAAGUUUUAUUCCUCCCUGAACAUGUGAUAUUACCAUUAUUUUAACAUUUUAUGGUUCGGUCAAGUUGGUCCCUAAUUUCAAAUCUGUAAAAAGUGAGAUAUUGUAUUAAUCAAACAACAAACAACAACCAGGGUAAAUAUUGUGUUUCAACAUCCUUCCUCCGUUUUUGUCUGAGGUCUUUGAAAGUAUGUUACCAGGGUAGUUUUCAUAUAUUUCCCAGGUGAGGAUGGAGCAUCAUUGUUUCAUGAAGCUAUUUGAAUGCAAUGCUACAGUCACGUCAACUAAUCUGACUCCAAACAAAGACAGUACAAGGGGAAGACUGGACACUUCCAGUGAUUUUUUUUUAAACGCUCAAUUUCGCUCAAGAAGAAGGACGCCAACUAGCACCUUUUCUCAUAGCAAGCAGCUGUGUAUAAAACAUAUUGGGGAAAAUGAGAGAGAUGGUUUGGGAGAGGGCACAAGGGUGGUGUAUGGGGGCAAUUCCAACUUUUCUUUCCCAGAAACCUCUAAGAUAUAUUCAUUUCUAAUUUAGGAAAUAAAAAUUUGAAGAAAUGAAAUCUUAAACUGUAAAAAUCGUCUAUUCCUUCACCCCUCCACCAUUUCCCUCAUAUGUUUUGUACAAAACCCAAAAUGGCGAUAUGCGACUGUCUGCUUACUCAACGCUGGCGUGUGCUCUUCCCCAAGCGUUUCAUUGUGGAGCGUUGUGACCCAGUGGAUAAGUCUUCUGACUUUGAAACAGAGGGUCGUGGGUUCGAAUCCCAGCCAUGGCGUAAUUUCCUUCAGCAAGAAAUUUAUCCACGUUGUGCUGCACUCGACCCAGGUGAGAUUAAUUCCUUGAAUGCAUGAGCGCUGAAAGGCAGCUUGAGCUAAAGCCGGGGUAAUAAUAAUAACAACGCGCCUCGGAAUAGAAUAUUUCUAGAUAGAUGGCGCUAUAUAAAUGCCUAUUAUUAUUAUUAUUAUUAUUACGCGCUCUAAUAACUGUCCAGUCUUCCCCUAAUUUGUUGUGUCUGCUCCAAACCAAGCAGUGAUCUGUCAUUGGAAAUAACAUAAUGGCUUUGAUUGGUCCGAGGUGGGUUUCGUUUUUAUGACCUUGACAAAUACGGUUCUCAAAUCAUGGCAUUGGCCAAAAUUGGAAGAAAAAAAAAGUAAAUGAAUGGGGCGAGUCCAUGCUAGAAAAAUCAGCCAUUUUCGCAACAUUUUUCAACCUAAUGUCCAAACAAACGAGGAACUUCAAUUUGGUUUGGGGUUAUAAUAAAGUACUACUGGGUAGUCAUAUAAAAAAAUGACAACCAACAAAAAUAUGUUGUCCAUGGGUGAAUUAGAGGUGAAAAUGUUGCGUGUCGUAAGGGACAUUUCUGAGUCCCGUACGACACACAACAUUUUCACCUGUAAUUCACCCAUAAUCAAACAUUUUGUGUAGGUUAUCAGUUUUUCGCAUGACUACCCACUAUAACUUUAUUAUUGACUAAAAUAAAUUUUUAUUGCUCAAGCAAUCAGCAAAGAGACUAGGAAUUGUUGUCAAACAGUCCCAUACGACACGUAUGAAACAUUUGAAAAAUUGAAAUUAAAAUGACCUAAAGGGAUAUCAAGUAAGAGUAAAUAAAUGAAAAGAGUGAAAAUAAUUAUAUAUACAAGUAAAACAAUUAAAAUUCAAUGUAUUUGAACAUGAGAACACAAUUCCAUUACAGUUCGCUUUGAGUAAAUGCCUUUUAAGAUAAUAAAAUGUCAUAUAGUUUGUUACACCAUAAUGAAGACAAAUUUCUCUUUUUAAUUUUUAUACUCUUGAUAUGAAAUCGUUAUUUGUAGGUGAAAUUACAUUUAUAGAUCAAGUUGGGCAGAUUAGAUUAGCAAAAUUUGUUAAGUAAGGUCUUUGAGCUAUUCAUUUAUGUUCGGUGUUUCACUCAAUAAAUCUCUGGAAGCUUUUCUAUGCAAAUU